AUUUUAAAAAGUAAGGAAAAAAAAUAAAGAAAAAAUAAAUAAAAAACCACUUCAUCAUGUUUGCUGUCCAUGGUCUCUUUGUCUCUCUCCUCUGAAAUCCUCUCAAUCGAGUCGACUCACAACUCAAACAACCAGAUCGAACUACUCCCAAUUCAUCACUUCCCGUUGACUGUAGUCCAAGAUCGGAUUUUGAUCCCAAAACAUUAUGAGCGUCAUCGACCUUCUAACUCGAGUUGAUUCCAUUUGCAAAAAGUACGACAAAUACGACCUCGAAAAGCACAAGGAUGCCAAUGUCUCCGGCGACGAUGCUUUCGUCAGACUCUACUCUUCUGUCAACUCUGACAUCGAAUCUCUACUUCAGAAAGCAGAAACAGCUUCCAAGGAUAGAGGGAAGGCAUCUGCUGUAGCGAUCAAUGCCGAGAUUCGUCGUACUAAGGCUAGGUUGUUGGAGGAAGUUCCCAAGUUGCAGAGGUUGGCUGUCAAAAAGGUAAAAGGGCUUUCGUCGCAAGAAUUUGCUGCACGAAAUGAUCUUGUUCUUGCAUUGCCAGAAAGAAUCCAAGCUAUCCCAGAUGGGACUCCUGCUGCACCAAAACAAACUGGUGGUUGGGCAUCUUCUGCCUCACGUGCUGAAAUUAAAUUUGAUUCAGAUGGCCGAUUUGAUGAUGAGUACUUUCAAUCAACUGAUCAAUCAAACCAAUUCAGGCAGGAAUAUGAAAUGCGUAGAAUAAAACAGGAUCAAGGUUUGGAUGUGAUUGCAGAAGGAUUGGAUACUUUGAAAGACAUGGCACAUGAUAUGAAUGAGGAACUGGAUAGACAAGUUCCCCUGAUGGAUGAGAUUGACACUAAGGUGGACAAGGCAUCGUCUGAUCUUAAGAAUACUAAUGUUAGACUUAAAGACACAGUGAAUCAGCUUCGAUCCAGUCGAAACUUCUGUAUUGAUAUUGUUUUGUUGAUUAUAAUUCUGGGAAUUGCUGCCUACUUAUACAAUGUGCUAAAGAAAUGAUAUGAUACACGAAGACUAUCAAUGUGUCCUAUGGUAUCUGUAUUAUUUGAGAAUAUUGUGUCUGAUUUAUUUUUUAAUUUUUUUUAAUCAUUGUGAAAAUUUCCGCCCCUCUUGAGAGAUAUACUGUCCUAGUGUCCUUUACAAAAGCAGCCAUGUCCAUGCUGUUAUGUUACUCACCAUUAUUAUGUUAAAUAGUCACGGCUUGUUUUUAUGUACUUGUUCAGUGUUAUACUUGGUGAAUUGAUGAGAGAUUUAUCCUUGCGUUUUAUAUAACAUUAUGUUUUAUUUAA